AUGCUCAUUGGAAUCUGCGGUGGGAUUUGCUCCGGCAAGAAGACGGUGGCGCAGUACCUUGUCGAGCACCAUGAUUUCAAGCUACUCCGCCUCGACACGCCCGGCGGAGAACCUCAACCUGAGGAAAAGAAGACUCGCGAUGACCGGUUCGUGACGCCGGCGCGCUAUGAGACGCCCGCAUCAUAUGAAGCUCCCUAUGAGCCACCUCACAGGAGAGAAGAUACACCACGUAACAGCACUCCCCGCAAUGGAACCCCUCGCAAUGACAACGCCUACACCGACUCCCGCGCACCCAUUUUUGGCUUCUCGCCCGAGCCUGAACCGUGGGGUGAGCCGGAGCCUGCUCACUCAAUUGCUGACACCAACGAGUUCAUGGAGGCGCGGCGCAACCAAUCCAACAACAACAAGAAAAAGAAGAACAAGAUCAACAAGGACGCCAUCUGCUACAACUGCAGACAAAGAGGCCACUGGAAACAAGACUGUCCACACCCUAACCAGGAUAACGCCCUUACCAUCAACACUGUCAAUGGCAUUCCCGUAGGAGACCACUCCGAGACGCCCUCUCUCAACGCCGCCGCCCCUUCCUUCUCCAUGAACCCGAACAGCACCAACAUCAACACCAGUAACAGCAACAGCAACAACUCAUCCAACGAUAACGAGCUCAACUUCUCCUCCGCCGAGUCCCUCCUGGAAUACGUCACCACCCGCUGGCAAUCCCGCUUCGUCAUGACCGACGUCCACAACGAAGCCAUCCUCGACCAGCUCGCCAAGCGCCCCUUCUUCAUGCUCGUCUCCGUCGACGCCCCCCUGACCGUCCGCCACGCUCGCUUCCGCUCCGCAGUCAACCCCCACUGCACCCUCGAGUCCUUCGCCCUCGCCUCAGACACCCACCUAUACGACCCCAACGACGGCCUCCAGCCCCUCAUCUCCCGCGCCACCGUCCGCCUCCUGAACACGUCCUCCUCGCUCGCCCACCUGUACGCCACCCUCGGCAAGAUCAACCUCGCAGACCCCGUACGCUUGCGCCCGACGUGGGACGCCUACUUCAUGUCCCUCGCGACGCUCGCCUCCCUCCGCUCCAACUGCAUGAAGCGCCGCGUCGGAGCCGUGCUCGUCGGCAACGAGAAGCGCGUCAUCUCGACGGGCUACAACGGCACGGCGCGCGGCCUGCAGAACUGCUCCGACGGCGGCUGCUCCCGCUGCAACUCGGGCAACUCCUCCGGUGUCGGGCUGGCGACGUGCCUGUGUCUCCACGCCGAGGAGAACGCCCUUCUCGAAGCCGGACGGGAGCGCAUUCGCAAGGGCUCGGUGCUGUACUGCGAUACUUGCCCCUGUCUCACCUGCAGCAUAAAGAUCUGCCAGGUUGGUAUCGAGGAGGUGGUGUAUGCUCACGGGUACAGCAUGGAUGACCAGACGGCGGCGGUGUUCAGGCAGGCGGGUGUCAAGUUGAGGCAAUACAUCCCGCCUGCGAACGGAUUGAUUCACUUGGAGAAUCUGGACAAGAUGAAGUACAUGAGCAUGCAGUAG